CUCCUGGGUCCCUAUAAAAACCCUCGGCGACUGUCCCGGGAGCACUGAGGAAGCUGAACCUCUCAGGUGUAUCUGUCUAUCAAACAACCAUGAAGGCUGUAGCUCUGAUCCUUGCUCUGGCAGUCAUCACUGGCUGCAAUGCCCGUGCUGUGCACCAGGCUGAUCCCACCCCAGAGCCCUGGGAGGAGAUUGUGAAUCGUUUCUGGCAGUAUAUCUCCGAGCUGAACAAACAAGCCGAUGGAGUGGUGGAGAACAUCAAGUCCUCUCAGCUCAGCAGGGAGCUAGACACCCUGAUCACCGACACCAUGGCAGAGCUGACUGUGUACAAAGAUAACAUCCAGACCAAGCUUGGCCCCUAUGGCCAGGACAUUGCCGGCCAACUGUCCCAGGACAUUCAGCUCCUGGCUAACAGGCUGCAGACCGACAUGCUGGACGCCAAGGAACGCAGCACCCAGUAUGCGGAUGAACUCAGGUCCAUGAUGGAGCAGAACGCUGAUGACGUCCACAACCGUGUUAACGCUUACACCCGCAAGCUGAAGAAACGCCUGCACAAGGACACAGAGGAGAUCCGCAACACUGUGGCCACCUACAUGUCUGAGCUUCAGUCCCGCACUACCCAGAACAUGGACAUGGUAAAGGAGCAAGUGGAGCCCUACCUCAGCCAGGCCCAUGAGACCGCCUCUGAGAAGCUGAGCGACAUCACAGCUCUGCUGAAGACCCAGGCUGAUAGCCUGGCCCAGCAGAUGGAGGUCCAGGCAGGAACGCUGAAGGACCAGCUGGAGUCCACUGCCCAGCAGCUGCGCACCUCCCUGGAGGGCAAGAUUGAUGAGCUGAGCGAGAUGUUCUCGCCCUUCGCCACCAAGAUCCGUGAGCAGCUUCAGACCGUCAUGGACAAGGUCAAGGAGACCACCUCUUCCUAAACAGAGACUUUGAGGGCUUUGAAGGGGUUUUAGAGGGUUGGUGGUCCACUGUGUAGUCAAAAGGGAAUAGUGUGGACUGCUGAUUUCUUUAUACCCUGUAAAAGAGGGGGAAAAGGGGAGUUGAGAGUUACUGAUAUCUUCAUUUAUGUGGGUGCUAUAGUGUUCUGGGGUAAGGGGGCUGACUGGGGGAAGGAGGUAGUGUGAGGUAGACAGAUCUGAAAGGGCAGUCAGCAGAUCCUAUCAUCUGCUUGGGCCCUGUCUUCUGUUUGAUCACUGUCGUCGCUUUUAUCUUUCACCUAAUCUUCUCUUUUAUCAUCUCCCCUGCUCACUGAACACAAGCCCCACACGCAAUAACAGCCUCUCAUACAGAAACAGGAGGCCACCGUUUUUCAUUUUUUUUCUUUUGUAUGCUUUGCUUGUCUACAUUGAGUUAACUCCUCUAGCUGUCCACUCCCCAAUUUGUGAGUUUUCUGUAUCUUGUUUGAUUUUCAAAAGACAGAGGGUUGUGGAGGGGAAAUGUAACUAUACUCACUGAUUUUGAGCCUCAUAGGCAGCAAUUGCAACCCACUCCCUGAAUGCACCUAAACACACAUGUCUUUCAUUUCAAUACACACUGAAUGCUGUAAACAGACGGGGGCACACUGUGUGUCUACCAGUUUAUCUGGAGGUGAUGCUGAACCACUUAAGUGCCUUGCUGUAAUGACACCCACUCUGGAUUUCAUUUUUUUUUUUCACAGAGAGGUGUAAUGCAAUGUGACUUCAUGUAAUCAUGACAGUGAGUGAGUAAAGUGUCUGACUUGAGUGUUUCUGGUGUUUCAUGUCACUUGUCCCACUGUGCUGCUCACCACAGUGCACUUCCCGUCUCUGUUCAUCUGUCAGGAUGCAUAGGCUGCAGUGUACUGAACAAUGCUGAGUGAAUAAACAACCUAAAAAACUA